GCGGAGCGUGGCUGGCGACCGGGUUGCUCCGUUGGCUGCCGACCGAGGGGCGCAACCCCCACCCCCCGGACGCCGCCCCUGGCCACGUUGGAUCCCGGCGCAGGUCCAUCGCCACGAUGAGCGUGCAAGAGUACAUCGACAGGCACAGCCUGCCCAAGACGGUGGAGGAGGCCAUCAACGCCUGCGUCAAGGCCAAGCCCGAUGACCCCGUGGGCUUCAUGGCGGACUACCUACGCAACCUGUCGGCGCCGGGCAUCACCAAAGUGGUGGGCCGCCAGAUCAUCGACUCCCGAGGCAACCCCACCGUGGAGGCAGACGUGCACACAGCAAAGGGGGUCUUUCGCGCUGCGGUGCCCAGCGGCGCGUCCACAGGUGUGCACGAGGCUGUGGAGCUGCGCGACGGCAACAAGCCUCACUGGAUGGGCAAGGGGGUGUCCAAGGCUGUGGACAACAUCAACACCAAGAUCGCCCCCCUGCUGAUUGGGAAGAACCCCGUGAACCAGAAGCUGAUUGACGAUGAGAUGAUCGCCCUGGACGGCACGCCCAACAAGGGUGCCCUGGGCGCCAAUGCGAUCCUCGCCGUGUCCAUGGCGGUGUGCAAGGCGGGCGCUGCUGAAAAGGGGGUGCCCCUGUACAAGCACAUCGCUGACAUCGCAGGCAACAGCAAGCUGGUCCUGCCAGUGCCGUCGUUCAACAUCAUCAACGGGGGCAGCCACGCAGGCAACGCGUUGGCAAUGCAGGAAUUCAUGAUCCUGCCCGUGGGGGCAGCGUCCUUCACGGAGGCAAUGAAGAUGGGGUGCGAGGUGUACCACCACCUCAAGGCGCUGAUCAAGGAGAAGUAUGGGCAGGACGCAUGCAACGUGGGGGACGAGGGGGGGUUUGCCCCGAACAUCGGGUCCAAUGAAGAGGGGUUGAACCUGGUGAACCAGGCCAUCGACAAGGCAGAGUAUGCAGGGAAGGUGAAGAUCGGGAUGGACGUCGCUGCCUCCGAGUUCUGCACAGAGGAUAAGAUGUAUGACCUCAACUUCAAGACACCAGACAAUGAUGGCUCAGCCAAGAAGACAGGAGCUGAGAUGCUGGACAUGUACAAGGGCUUCUGCUCCAACUACCCUGUCAUCACCAUCGAGGACCCCUUUGACCAGGACGACUGGGACAACACUGGUGCCCUGACUGCUGAAGGUGUCUGCCAAGUCGUUGGAGACGACCUGACAGUGACCAACCCCAAGCGCGUGCAGGAAGCCAUCGAGAAGAAGACCUGCAGCGCCCUGCUGCUGAAGGUCAACCAAAUCGGAUCUGUUUCUGAGGCCAUCGAGGCUGUCAGGAUGUCCAAAGAGGCUGGCUGGGGCAUCAUGGCCAGCCACCGCUCUGGCGAGACAGAGGACAGCUUCAUCGCCGACCUGUCUGUGGGCCUGGCCACGGGCCAGAUCAAGACGGGAGCGCCCUGCAGGAGUGAGAGGCUGGCAAAGUACAACCAGCUGCUGCGGAUCGAGGAAGAGCUGGGGGCUGACGCAGUGUACGCGGGCGAGAACUGGAGGCACAUUGGCUGGGAGCCCAAGGAUGACGCAUAG